UUUUUAGUAAGUAACAAAGAUAGAACGACGCGAUGUGCACCCAAAUAAAAGUUUUCGAACGCAGCCCUGAGUGGCAGCACUGUCAGCGUUUUGACGUAAAUAUUUAUAUCGUGCCCAUAGAUGAAUAUUCCCGUUCAAAUAUUUUACAAUUUACAAAUUAUCUGUUGUCAUUUGAUAAAAUAGUGACACAAAUAAGCAAAAAUGGCCGAAGCGUCAUUUUUUAAGCCAUCGGACACUGAAUCACUGAAUUACACUCAGGAAAUUCGGCAGAUGAUGCAUGGAUUUGGUGACAGUAGUGAACCAUUGUUGGAAUCUGUAAAGAUCAUAGAGGAUGUCGUGCUGCAACAAAUGAAAACAAUUGUCAGAAGAGCCUGUGAAAUCGCGGAUAGACGAGCCAAUUCGAAGAAGAGCAAUGUCAUCAAUGGAGAGGAUCUUCUCUUUCUUUUACGUAAAGACAAAGUCAAGCUUCAGCGCAUUGUGAAAUAUCUUGAAAUCAGAGAAUUGGGAUGCUCGGUUCAAAAACUUAUGGCGAAUGACAACCCACAAACUACCGUGGAUUCUGAACAAAUGGAUGGUACCAAGAAAAAAGUGCCAUUUCAGAGUUUUCUAGAACAGAUUGACAACACGGGUGAACUUCUAGAAAAUUCAUCCUUCGUGGACGAUAUUAAACGACGCAGAUGCAUUCGUGCGGACAUCGCGUCGAGGUCCAUGGAUGAAAUGCAUUACAUAAAAUUCAGCAAGGCACGUCGUGUGUCCUUUGCGAACAAAAGUCGCAAUAAAUUCUGUGACUGGAUUUGCUUGGAUGGUGAUGUUACCUUGUCAAAACAAGCACAAACAAUCUUGUCUUACCUUGCAUAUGAAACGGUUGCUCAAAUUGUUGAUCUCGUAUUUUUAGUACGGCAAGAUCAAGGUAAAAUAAUGCAUGGUGAUGCUAUAGAUCGGCAACGACUCAAUUAUGUUAAUCCAUUUACAUUUAAACCACGCUAUCAUAGUAAGAAUUUCGUAAUGAAACCAUUAACUCCUUCAGAGAUAACUGAAGCCCUUAGGCGGUACUGGUCUCCACAGCUAGAUAUGACAGGUCCAUUUAAUAGGUGGUCCAUGAGAAGACCGCACUUGAAACUUCUUUCAUGUUAGAUGUAAAGAUCUGAAGAAGACUUCCUGCUUAGGAUUGGACUGGACCCACCGCCAAUAUUUCUUAUGAGAUUCCUCAGUGUUUUUGGAUUUUCCAGUAACGGCGAC